AGAAACUACACGACCGUCCGUGCAUACCGACGUCCGUAUCCAUAGACCUACAUGACUGUCUGUGCAUGUGGUCCAAUGUGGAGUGUAGACUGGAGCAUGAUAAUCAAUCUUCGAAGACCAUGAAGACGGUAGAUCUACGGUGUGCAUCUGAUCUGUUGCAGCCGCAAAUGUUUCUGCUAAAGUAAAGACAUAAGUCAGUGAACAUGAUUGACUGCGGUAGUACUAGUAGUAUUGGAACGUUCUGCCUUCACCGAGGCCAGUGAGGGACAGGCGCUAGGUGCUGUUCCAUGUGGAUCAGAUCUACUAAAGACUACAGUUCGUAGUAUCCCUUUGCCACGGCUGACGGCUGAAUGCUCCUCUAGGCUCUAGCUAGUCUAGCCACUGAGUGCAGUGAUUUGAGAGCUGUCAACCUAUUUUGAACUCGAACCUUCACUUCAGACUAGGGUUGAGCGUCAUCCCGCAGGCUGCAUUGGCAACCAAGAAAGUAACUUCAAACGACGCUAAGUUUGUUGUUCUGUCUGAAUCAGUGGGCGAUUUGGAAGUACAUGCACGCGACACUUAGCGAGAGAAAACAAUCGCUGGCCGUAGCCAGGUACUAGGUGCGCUGAGGCCUCGAGGGUUUUUUCUCGACGAGCACUGGGUCAGCCCGGUAACCGUAAGUGCCCACGAUCGAGCCGGCAAAUGCAAUUUGGGACUUUGGAAGGUCGGUGCCAAGUCGAGUACGGUCCAAACGUUGACAGGAAAAGGCUUCGUCUUUCAGGUGAAACUCGAUCCGACUCAAGCAAUGGCGUGCAAGCCCAAGGUUGCCAAGAAGCCGCCACGCCGCCACGGCUCCUCGAAUGGCAGUUGCCCAGACGAGCCUGAGACCGGCACGGCAUUUUUCGAGUCCGAGGGACCGCUCCGGUCCCUGCUCUACAUGAACGAGCUGCGGCAGGAGGACAAGCUGUGUGACGCACAGCUGCGCGUGAGCGGUGGCAAGGAGUAUUCGGCCCACAGGCUGGUGCUAGCCGCCAGUAGCUCUUACUUCGCUGAUGUGUACUGCGGGCACACAGUAUUCGCCGCUGAUGAAGUAUUGGAACUCAGCAGGGAUGCUGUGGACGAGGAGACCAUUGAAAUGCUACUGGAGUUCGCCUACACGAAGAAGGUGAAAAUCGGCCAGGGCAACGUGCACAGGCUGUUCAACAGCGCCGACUGCCUGCGAUUUCCCGGCUUGAAAGAAGCAUGUUUCAGAUACCUGCUGCGCACACUGGACACAGACAACUGCCUGGGUAUGUGGACGUUCGCGUCAGCACACACGGGCGACCGGGGCGGACUGGAGGAGGCCGCCCUGGAGCUGGUCAAGAAGAACUUCAAGGACGUGGUGCUGUCCAGUUCGUUCGCCGACCUGGGACUGGACGGCCUCAUGGCGCUGCUCAACAACGACGACCUGGUCGUGGAGAAAGAAGAGCAGGUCUACGAGGCGGCCAUGACCUGGCUGGAACACGACGCGGAAGGCCGAAAGGAGCACAUUGGUAGGGUGAUGUCGUGCGUGCGCAUGCCGCUCAUGGAUCUCGACUACCUGAUGGGUACCGUGCAAGACGACCCUCUGAUUCGGUCGGAUCAAAAAGCGCUUGACGAGCUCAUAAAGGCAAUCGACUUCAAGCAGAAGGAGUUGGAAGGUGGCCGCAGUCCUAAAUCAGCACUGCUCACACUAUCAGUGGACGAGAAUGAAGUACCUGUGGAGCCACGCAGGCCCUCACUACGACUAGAGGAGGUGCAAAUCAUCAAGAGCAAAGCUGACCGCCUCGGCCUGUGCAUCAUGGGUGGUUUGGACCGACCGGGGCAUGUCUUCAAGAAAGGCGAUCGGCCCGGAUGCCUUAUCACCGGGAUUCUUCCCAGUGGAGCGGCUGCAAACACUGCUAUUCGUGCCGGAGAUAGAAUCAUAUCGGUCAACGGACACAAUCUUGAAAGUUUGACGCACGAGCAGGCAGUCGCAAUGCUGGCAAAGUCCCGCGAGAUACUUACACUAGUCGUGCGUCAUGACGACCCUCCCGCAGGUCUGAAGGAGUUCACAUUGAAAACCGAUCGAGGUGAGGGGUUCGGGUUUAGCAUUGGCGGCGGUCUCAACAGUCCUCCAGCAAACCCGGAAAAUGAAAGCGACGACAGCAUCUUUGUAACUCGG